AGAUAAGAGAAAGCGAGGGUUUCAGCAUGGUGCCUCAUCUGCUGCUCCUCUGCUUUGUCUCUACUCUGAGAACUUCUCUCUCGUCUGUGGUGCAUCAGUCCCCCGAGUCCAUCUCUGUAUCCGUCGGUGACUCUUUUAAACUAAAAUGUACUCGUGAUCUGCCGAUAUCGUAUUGUUUCAGCUCAAUCUCCUGGUGUAAAGUCAACCCAAGAAGUGGAAAACUAGAUGAUAUCAGUAAAGAUAAUAAAGACCAGGAAGAAGAUGAUAACUUAUCGUGUACCAAGACAAUCUUUAAUGCCCGAGUUCAAGACUCAGGUACUUACUACUGCGCAUCUAUACAUGAUAAAUUGUUGUUUAUUGGAACUGGAACCAGAGUCGUCGUCACAGACACAGGUCCGGUAAAGCUGUCUGUGGUUCUGUACACCCCGGUGGAGGUGGAGGUGGACGCUCCCUCUGUUCUCCUGCAGUGUGUAGUGAUGGACGUUGUUCCCUCUCAGGUCAGAGUAUCGUGGUUGGUUGAUAAAGACGAGCGCACAGGAUGGACAGAUUCAGGCUGGACAGGACACGACGAUGCAGCCUCAGUAUACACUAGAGCUCAAAUCAGGGUCCCUGUAGAGGAAUGGAGCUACGCGACCAUCCAGUGUGUCGUGAUGUAUACAAACCAGACCGUGUACCGAAGCGUGCCACCACGAACAGGUCAUUCAGAUUUGUCUGUAUCGAUGCUGUAUGGAGCCUGCAGUGUCUCUGUCUUCACCGUCGCCGUGAUGCUCGCUGUGGUUCUGUGUUCAUGUAAAGAGAAACACAACACACACACGAUGAUUACAGAGAAACCUUCUACUAUAACGCAUGUUGAAUAUUCCUACUGGAACACUGACGACGUUAAUUAGACCCUAAUAGAUUAGCACAUUAGUCUAAACAAUCAAGCAAUAAGUGAGAAUAAGUGUAUAUCAUAUGUCUUUAUUUCUUCAAGUUUAUUUGAAUAAAAAUAGGAAUCUAAUUCUAUAAAUAAGUCGACACAAUAUGCUACCAAAGUUUAUAUCCAUGGGAUUUUUUAAAUAUAAUUAUCAUACAAUCAAAUUGUGACUAGUGAAAAACAGAUUAUUUCUUUUUGUG